AUGCCAUCCUACAAGGUUUCCUUCACGACUGACUCGUGGGUCGAGGACAAAGAGACCCUCGGCGACCUAACCCUCGCCCACGUGCGCACCGAACGCACCAUCUCGGGUGGUGUCGAGGGCAAGGCGCUGGCCAUGUACAUUAUGACAUACUACGGCCCUCCAAGCGACGACGGCAAGUCCCCCAGCGGGAAUGCGUCUUUUGACGGCGAAAUGGUGAUCCACGGCUCGAUCGACGGCAAGAAAGGCACCUUCGCCCUCCGCGCCACGGGUCUAUACACGGGCUCCGUCGAAACUACCUGGACGGUGGUUGAGGGUAGUGGGACAGGCGAGCUGGCGGGUAUUAAAGGGAAGGGGGCGUACUCGCUCCCGAAGGGUCACUCGAGCACGACCGAAGCUGUGCUUGAUGUCGAGUUCUGA